AUGAGACUUGGAGAUAUGUUAUGGAAGAAACCAAAACCUGUGCUGGAAGAUUCAAAUGAUGAUAAGUGGAAGUGGUUCAAGCAUUGUUUAGGUGCAUUGGAUGGAACUCACAUUAAGUUGAGAGUUCCUUAUAUUGACAAAGCUAGAUACCGAAAUAGGAAAGGGGAGAUUACAACAAAUGUGUUAGGUGUUUGCUCACAAGACAGGUAUUUCAUAUAUGUUCUGCCUGGGUGGGAAGGAUCUGUAGCAGAUGGAUGUGUUCUUCGUGACGCCAUUAGUAGGAGGAAUGGCUUAAGAGUUCCACAAGGUAUAGAUCCUCUAGAAGAUGACGUUGAAGAAAUGGAAGUUCAUGUGGGCGGGGUGGAGAACCCUCCAAUUCUAAACAUAGAUGCAUAUGAUGAAUGGGCUGCCUUUAGGGACAAUCUUGCCAAUGAAAUGUUCAACACUUUUACUGCUAAUAGAACAGCUGCAUGA